ACGUAUACGACUUUAAGCCUUCAUGACCGACUACUUGCGCCAAGCCGAUAGUAUUGGGGCUGUCGCUGUGGACUCCUAUUUAGUGCAGUUCAGCUGAAACUAUUUCGAGCCGCACCGAUCCUAAGGCGAGAAAAUAGGCAGAAAUAGAAAUAUCCAAUACCUCACGCUCACUCGCCGCAUACCUAGUAGGCCGGAUCUUGUUCAGCCUGUCGACCUGCUAGCGGAUCAGAGUAUAUUGUGGGUAAGAGAUUCGCGUGUAGUCACAUCGCUAUGACCCGUCUAUCCUAAGGUUCGAGGAAUUUAUUUAGCUAGAUCAGCUGAAUCGAACCAUAUCAGAACGGGGAGUAAGGCAUUAAGGUCAGGCAAAGAGGCCGGAUAUGUCUUAUCACGGGUCUAACAAACCACCGCCGCUCCCACCACGGAACCCUAGGCCGACUGGUAAUCCCACACCGUCUCCUCCAGGAUACUCAAACUGGAACUAUCCGCCGCCUCCUCCCCUCGGCCCCCCUCGAGGUUCAGCCUAUCUACCAGCCCACCAACCUCCGCCCCUUCCUCCGAGACCUCCCGGAUAUGAGACCCCUAGUACGAAUUCUAGCCCGAGCUUACAUCUUCCUCCGAACUUCGCUAUCCCCCCUCCACCUCCGGGACCGCCUCCGGGGACGAUUACACCGAGCUUACCGAACACUCCGGUAUCUCCAUAUCCUCAGUUCAAUAUAUCCGGUCCGCCCUCGCCAUUGAGUCCAGGAUCUCAAAGUCCUAAUACCUUGGCAACAAUUCCCCCACCUCCACCAGGACCUCCUCCUCAGUAUACCGGGUAUUCAAGUUCACCCUACAGGCCCUCAUUCUCGCCGUACCAACCUAUUCCACAGCCUCCGGCUACUAAUUAUACUUCAUAUACGCCAGCCAGCCUAUCCGCGGCACCAAGUCCUGGCCACCGGGUUUCUUCAGGAAGAACUCCUCCCUAUCCAUCACCUGUAUAUACACCUUUGAAGGAUAUUCCUAAUAGUCCGCACUCGGAAAAGUCAUCAAACCCACCAAUUUCGCCGUCGCAAUCUUAUAUUCCAGUAUCGAGUUCCCUGCCGGCUAGUCAGCCAUCACCUUAUGUUUCUUAUAUCCCCUCUUCAUCCUCACCACAAAAUGUAUCGCCGCCACCCAAGGCUUUAGAGGCUCGUUUUCAGUCUCUAGCAAUCAAUGACCAACCAGAAACUAGCUCACAACCUUAUAUUUCUUACCAGAACGCCCAGGCCUUGCAGUAUAGUCAAGAUCAUCUAUCAGCUGUUCCUGCAUCACUCUCUCCUGGCCCUCGAGUGUCCCUAUCUGGUUGCCAGAUCUAUGUUUUACCUACGGAAGACGAGUCCAAGGUUACGCAUGCCACCCCCUCGCCACUUGUCCCCUCGGCGGUCACAUCCUGUAUCGAUAGCCCGCUUGCAUUUAUAACUGAUUGGUACUGGCACCCGGACUUGCCCGAGUUCCUAAUCUGUUCGAGAUGUUAUGUCGACCACAUACACGGAACCAAGUUCGUGAAUUCCUUCCAAAGUAAGAGAUUUGACGAUGGCAAGGCGCGCGUGUGCCGGUUUAGCAAACCUAGGAUGAGAGACUGUCUUUUUAAAGAAGCAAUUACACAGAGCUCCCUUGAAUCAGCGCUAGUUUGGAUGCGUACGCGGCCACAGAUACCCGAUUGCAAAGGGAUAGAAGGUGUUAAGGGAAAGGUCGGCAUCAAAUGGUACAAGGCAAAAUCAGAUGCAAUCCCGGGUUUUGUGGCAUGCCAGGCAUGCUACGAAGACCAUAUCCUGACGAACCGGUUCUCCGUCCACUUCGAGCCUGCACCGCCGCAGCCGGAAAGCGAUACCUGGGCCUGCGAUGUCGCCGUCCCGUUCAUCGAGAAGGAGUACGAGACCAAGGGCAAAGUCAACGACUGGGAUGGCUUCGUGAACGAAACGAAAGCUCGAAUGUCUAUAGAGGCUUGCCCGGGGCGCGGCAAGGCAUUGACCUACGGAAAGAAGUGGUUCGUCCCUAAGACCGGGCCCGACGGACUUGUUCUCUGCGCGGGGUGUUACUGCGACCAAGUAAUCCACACCGGCGAAGAAGGGCGGUGGGAAGUAGCAGGAAACUACACAAAUAAGACGAGCAAGUACGUUCUAUGUGGUAUGGGAAUAUUCAGUAUUAGAAUCGCUAUGUCGCACGCGCACGAGACUAAGAACUACGACUCGUUCUGGACGGCCGCGCGCAAGGUCGCCGACGAAAAGUUCUGCGAGGACGACGGCAUCGAAGACGGUGUCUGGUACUCGUUUCCUUCCGACCCGGUAAAUUUCGGUAUCUGUGCUCGCUGUUACGUGGGAAUCGCGGAGAUGCUCAAUGUAUCCCAGUUCUUUGUGCGGAAGCGUGACGCCCAGCCACCCAGAAGUAAAUGGCGUUGCUGCUUCAGCGUCGCACACCCUCGAUUUAGACAAUUUAUGCAACACCUUCUAGAAAUGUACUAUACGCUUAACCCACGAUCUUUUAGCGAAUUUGCUUCGGUGUAUGCUUCCAUGCCGGCAUGUCCUCGCGACGAGGAUGGGAAGCAGAAGCGUUGGUACGGGUGGAUAGACUGUACGAUUUGUUCCGAAUGCUAUCAUGAUUUCGCACGACAUACGCCGUUGGCAGCGAAAAUGGACUUGAACAACACACCGUUAGAGACGACAGCGAUGUGCGAGAUGUACAGCCCGCGUAUGCGCAAUCUGUACAAGGAGUGUGGCGAGACAUCACCACCGGAUGCAGGACCGCUGCUUGUUUAUUCUGUACAGCGGCGGCUUGUAUGGGCAGAAACGGUGCCACAGAUGCGAAUGAUGUUGCUUCGAGCGAAGAUGGCGUUGAAUCAGCAGUCGUUCCUUAACACGACGAGUUCAUUUUACAAUUCUGCCGGCAUGCUUCAGGAGAUCACAAUGGGAUCGUCGCAUACGUACGGUGCGGCAGGGGUUGGGUACGGAUACUCAAACAUGAAUCUCUUACAGGGCGCUAUGUACGGUCAGCAGGCUGUGGCGGUGAGCUCUAGCGCGGUUAACGGCGGUACGAUGAUGUUAGUUGGGCAAUUGGAGCAGCGAUGGAGAGCUGUUGAAUGAAUGAUGGGGUUUGCUGUAAUAAAUUGUAAAUGCCUGUAUAGGUAGGUACUCAUUAGAUCUCAUUCAGAUAGGUGUUACCUACCUAGGUACCUAUAGUACUAACUAUUUUGAAGUUUAUGUACUGAAGUUUUGUGAAAUAGUCAACACUCUGCCU